UCGCUUUGUUGCCACUGUCAUUGCUGUUCAAGUGUUUCGUGCGACCAGAAGUGUGCGUGUGUUUAUUUUUUGCUGUUGUUUUUAUUUUUGUUUGACAAUGGGAAAAACUUUAAUCUUUUUAAAUCUAUUGCUAAUACCAAUUAUCAUAUUUAGCAUAUGGUCAAAAAAUGAAACCGAAACGAUAAAUACGGCUCAACGUAUUGAAUUGGCUGGCUAUACAUGUGAGACGCACACAGUAUGGACUCCAGAUGGCUAUGGUCUCACAAUAUUUCGCGUAAGAAAUUCAACAACAAAACUGGAUUCACCGGCCUCCCAAUCCUCAGCUCCGGUGGUCCUUAUGAUGCAUGGCUUAACCAGCUCCUCAGACGUAUGGGUUAUACGAAACCACUCACACCAUCUGGCUCUGGAGCUAGUGGAUCAAGGCUAUGAUGUUUGGUUGGGCAACAGUCGCGGUAAUACCUAUGGUCUGCAACAUUUAAACUACACCAAAAAGGAUCGGAAAUUUUGGCGUUUUUCUUGGCAUGAAUUGGGAACCAUUGAUCUACCCAUAACCAUUGAUUAUAUCUUAAAGGAAACUCAACAAUCAGCUUUGCACUAUGUGGGUCAUUCCCAGGGUACAACCAUUGCAAUGGUGAUGCUGUCCACCCUUCCGGAAUACAAUGCAAAAUUGAAGACUAGCCAUUUUUUCGCACCAAUUGCCUUUAUGACUUCAUCGCGAUCGUCUAAUUUAAGAUUCUUAUCGAAAUUUUUGGGCUCAUACAGCCUACUUAAUAAUCUGCUAGGGGACAAGGACAUUUUUGAACCACCAAUUUUACGUCAUUUAAUGGGUUUUGAGUGGUGUCGCACCAAGAAGGCAUAUCCACCAUUUUGUUUAUUUCUAUCGACGCGGUUCUUUGGUGGCUAUUCGACUUAUGUCAAGGAGUACACAUAUCCUGAACUGUUUAAUACCCAUCCAUCGCCGGCAUCUGGCCAUCAGGCAUUGCAUUUUGUUCAGCUACAUGUUUCCGGUAAAUUCCGCCGCUAUGACUUCGGUAGCCAGGGCAAUAUGGAGCGCUAUAAUCAGACCAUUCCUCCAGAUUAUGAUUUGGCGAAAAUACGGACCCGUUUUCCCAUCCAUUUAUAUUACAGCGAUUCUGAUGAUUAUUCCACUAAAACAGAUGUCGAAAAGCUAAGUGGGAUUUUAGGCGCUAGAUGUGUAAAACAUUUUAUCGAUCUGGAGGGGUUUGCUCACAUGGAUUUCACUAUGGCCUACAAUAUUGAAAGUGUCGUUAAUCAAGAUGUCGUGCGAAUAAUCAAUGAAGCUGAGAGGCACCUUACAGAGGACACGUAAUACGAGUGUUCAGUGUUAAUUAAUAAUGUUUUAUAGUCUUAUUUUAAAUUGUACUCUUUAAGAGUAUGUUCCUAUGUAUUUCGAUUGUGUGUCUACUAUAAUAUAAAAAAUUUCGUCAAAUAAGUGUCAAUAAAGUAUGUGAUAAAAAAAUUGGUACAGCAGUUCGAAGAGCCAUUAAAUGAUAAGCAAUUGGAAAACACUGUUUGGAUUGCCCACAGAUAUACAGGUUAAGAUGAAAAAAUUGCAACCAAUUUCAGACUGCUGCCAUUUCUAAGGCACUCGUCCGACAGCUAUGAAAAUUAUUCCAGUGACAGCUCAUUAUAUUGUUUAAAAGCGUACAAAAGCAUUUUGGUGAGAAUUUUCCAGAAAAGAAGUUAUUCGUGAUGGAUUGCAAGCGUGAUAGUGUGAUUCUUUAUACUUGGCUGGAAAACCACAAGUGGCUAUCGUUAGAGCACUCCAGCAUUUAAAUAUGAAUAAAUUUUUUGUGUCUCGUACCAUCGCUCGUUACCGUGAUACUGGUAGCGUAGCCCGACAUCAAGGAAGUGGAAGAAAAAAAACAGCAACAUCGGAAACGGUUCGAAAAGUAAAGAAGCGACUUGAACGAAACCCGCGUCGCAGUGGCCGAAAAAUUGUCCGUGAGCUGAGCAUAUCGCAAUAUUCCAUUCGGCAAGUAUUGAAAAAAUGAGCUCGGGGUAAAGCCAUUGACAUUCCAAAAAGUGAAAGAACUUACAUCGCAAGAGAAAGAAAAUAGACUCAAAAGAGCUAAAGAGUUGCUUCGCAUGGCUGAAAUUGCUGAACUGCCGAAUUUGAUUUUCUCCUAUGCGAAAACAUUCGUUGUCCAGCAGUUUGUAAACAAAUAAAAUGAUCGUGCUUAUCUGCAAAAGAGGUCAGCUGUAAAUGUGCACCUUUGGUUGGCCACCAGAACUCAAGCGCCAGCCAUGGUGAUGGUGUGGGCCGCUAUAACAGCCGAUGGUCGCUCUCCGCUCGUAAUAAUCGACCGUGGCAUCAGAAUAAAUGCCGAAUAUUAUCGCGAAAAUAUUCUGGAGGAGAAAAUAUUCAUUUUGGCCGCAGACCAUGGACAUUCCAACAGGACUCAGUACCAUCGCACUCAACACGCGACACCCAAGAAUGGUUACAAAAAUGAGGUUCCUCGCUUCAUUUGCAGCGCACAAUUGUCACCAAAAUCUCCGGAUACCAAUCCGUUGGACUACUGUGUCUGGAGUAGUUUGGAAAACAAUGUUCGCACUAAGAACAGUGCUUCGCAGGGAAUGGGCCAAAAUACCGAAGAGCAAUAUUCGGGCAGCGUGUGACGGUUUCAUUGGCCGUUUAAAGGCCAUAAUUCGUGCCAAAGCUGAACAAUUCGAACAAAUCUAAACUUAUUCUAAAAUGUGAUGCUAUUUCCGACAUUUUUUGCUUUCAUUCAAUAAAAUUUAAA